AUGAAAAUUUUAGGAUUAGCACUCCUUUUUACAAUAGCCUUUUGUUAAAGCAGAUUAUCAGUUGAUAUAUAUACAGAGUCAUUAUGCCCUGAUUGCAUGGUGUUUCUCCUAAAUUCUUUGACUGAGGCAGUUGAUACACCAGACAUUGAAUAAAUGGUUCACAUUAGAGUAGUACCAUAUGGAAAUGUUAAAAGAGUAUAUAAUUAAGCCACAGGUAAAUGGUAAUUCACAUGUCAACAUGGAUCUGUGGAAUGCUAUGGAAAUUAUGUUUAAUUAUGUGGCCAGAGCAUAUUGGCAUCCAAAUACCCUACCAACAACGAAAUAUUAUAAGCUUAAUGGGCUAUCUGUAUUGACAGAAGAAUAUUCAAGCCUUAUACAAACACUCGUUUUGACGAAGCUGCAAGUCUCUGUGCAGCUGAUUUUGGUAUUUCAGGAACUGCUGUCAAAGAAUGUGCUACUGUAUUAUUUAUUUAAAUAUUAAGGGUGACUAAGGUUACAAACUACAUUUAGCAGCAGCUGAAGAAACUGAUGGUCUUUAACCAGCACAUUAAUAUGUUCCUUGGAUUACCACAAAUAAGAGACAUAGUGUGACAGAUGAAAAUCUUAUUUUGGAAGAUCUAGUUUAAUGGGCUUGCAACAAUUAUAAAGGACAAAAAAUUGAUGCUUGCACUACCAGAAGUGAUUGAUU